CCAACCCUUACCAGUUACCAACCCUAACUCACUCUAACUCUCCAACGGCGCAGCAGCACACUUUCCCUCGUCCCUCCCAUCACCCUCGAGCUGGCCGUUCCUCUCAACGCCGGCGAGCUCAGUCCCUCCCUUUCGUUCCGCCGCCGGACUGCUCCUAACGCCGUCGCUGGUUGGAGCUUCGAAGCUCACUCGGUCCCUCACUCAGCUAACGUCUCAGACUCUCAGUAGUGGAAGCAUAGUCACCGGGCUCGCCUCCUGCCUCCGUUGCGAAGGUUCCACCGUCGCCGGCGCCAUCUCUGUUCCUGCCUCCGUCGCCAUCUCUCCGUUUCCAGCGCCGUCAUCCUUCCUUGCAUUUGAAACUUUUACUUUCUCUUCGUUUGCGGCAAGGGCUCGUCUUCAUCCACCGCCUGCUACCACAUCAGCACUCAACUACGUCUAAUUCCCACGCUCCGCCGUGAUUCUGCCUGCGAUCAGUUUAGAUUUAAAAUACGGGGCAUCAACAAGCACAAGAAAGAGGAAAAUGUUCUUCCAUAUAGUUUUGGAGCGGAACAUGCAGCUGCAUCCCCGUUACUUUGGUCGUAACCUCCGCGACAAUCUUGUUUCCAAGCUCAUGAAAGAUGUUGAAGGCACCUGCAGUGGUCGGCAUGGCUUUGUGGUGGCUGUUACUGGGAUUGAAAACAUCGGCAAGGGUUUGAUUAGGGAUGGGACAGGAUUUGUCACAUUCCCUGUUAAGUACCAAUGUGUUGUUUUUAGGCCAUUUAAAGGGGAGAUCUUAGAAGCAGUUGUUACCAUGGUCAACAAGAUGGGAUUCUUUGCCGAAGCUGGACCCGUGCAAAUUUUUGUUUCAAAUCAUUUGAUUCCUGAUGAUAUGGAGUUUCAGUCUGGGGAUAUGCCAAAUUAUACUACUUCAGAUGGUUCUGUAAAAAUUCAAAAAGAUAGUGAAGUGAGAUUGAAGAUUAUGGGAACUCGGGUGGAUGCUACCGAAAUUUUCUGCAUUGGUACCAUAAAAGAUGAUUUCUUGGGUGUGAUCAAUGAUCCUGCGACAGCUUAAAUGCACCCUUCUGUACCCUUCAUCGUAUAUAGUUUGCAUGGCAAGGAUGAUGAUGCACAUGGAAUCUUUCAAUUAUCUUGGUGUAGCAUUUGCUGAACGCACUAGUUCUCAGUGAAUUACUCGACUACUGUAUCGAAUUUCCUGCUAACUGUUCGGGCUUAGUAAAUUACUAAUUAAAUGUUAGAAUGUAGAGCUAAAUCUUAAAAACGUGACAUGAAAACCAGCACUUGUUAUGUGUAGAACGACUGCAUUUUAUAAUUAUUGAAUGACUAUAUUGUUGGCACUUUUUCUUUUUUGUAA